AUGCAUUUGAUUGGAGUGGUAUGUGCCCUGUUUGUGGCAGUUUGCUAUGGUGAGCAGUUUCAACCAAAGGUUGAUAAAGUUUCUGGUGCUGAUAGUUACAAUUUACAAGCGUUUGAUGAUUCUACUACGCUGUUAAGAUCCCUUAAUAAGAAAAUCUCUAUUAGUAGUGAUAAUGGUGUUACAUGGAAGUCUGUGAAGGGUGUUAAAAGCCAUAUUGCUCGCAUUGAUCCGUUCCAUAGUCAUACGAGAGCAUUUGCCCCAUCUACGGAGGAUCUGGGGACUAUCUAUUAUACGGACGACACAGGUAACUCCUGGGAUGAAAUGACUAUAGAGUUGCCACCCGACAAGGAGUUUAAUGGGGUGCCUUGUCACAUUGUUACCCAUCCUAAGGAGAAGGAUUAUUUACUAGCAUCUUGUUUUGUUUGUGAUAAGGAGUUCGAGGAUGAAGAUGAAGAACUGGAACAAUCCUGUGUGAUGUCCUCGUAUAUUUCUGCUGAUGGAGGGAAAAAAUUUAGAUCGGUGGAUGAAGAGUUUACAGCAGAUGUGGAUUGUAAGUUCGCCUUUGACAAGUCUGUGAUUUGUUUACAAACGCAGGCGGGCACUAGUGCGGCGCAAUCGAAAUUAUCCUACACUGAGGACUUUGGUGUUUCCUUUUCUGAGUUUAAGGAUUUCGAAGGCUCCAUGGUGAGUUCCUUCAACGUUCUUAACUCGUACAUUGUUGCGUUCACUCUAGAAGAUAAGUUUAAUGCCCAUUCGAACAAAAAUCUUUGGGUUUCAUCUGAUGGUAAAUCUUUCAAGAAGGCAUACAUGCCCACACAAUUAAGAGAUGCUCAGUUUUUUUAUAUCUUUGAAGAUGCUUUUGGUAGAAUCUUCUUGCCUAUCAUGGCCGCAGGCGCUGAAAGAGCUUCUGAAGUGAUCGUAUCGGACUCACAGGGUCUGAAAUUUUCUCCUGUGCCAUGGAGUACAGAUAAUGCCAAUGGCUGGACCAAUAUGGUACAGCUCAAAUAUCUUAAGGGAACCUUGCUAGCUGAGUUUUAUGGAUCCACAUUGGCUGAUAAGAAAGUGCCACAAUCAGAGACGAAAAUAUCAUUUGAUGGGGGUUAUUCUUGGCAAAAUUUGAAAGUGGUCGAUCCAGAUAACAAGAACAAAUACCCUUGUGAUAUCGAAGACGUGGAAAACUGUUCUCUACACACCAUCUCAAUGCGUGACGACUCAAACGUUCCUACUCCGGGUAUCAUGAUGAAGAUGGGGUACGUUAGCAAUGGUGAAGACAAGAAUUUUGAUGACAUGGGGAUGUUUAUAACUACUGAUGGUGGCCAUUCAUGGCGAAAGACACUCGAUUUCCCAGCUCUUUAUGCGUAUGGUGAUUUUGGUAACAUUUUGAUUGCUUGUCCCUUCGAUCCAGAAGGAGAUGGAGAUCCAGAAUCAGAAUUUUAUUAUUCUCUCGAUCAAGGAAAUACGUGGACAGAGUAUCAAUUCGAAUCCCCUGUUAUGCCUCAAGAAUUAGUCUCUACUACUCCCGAUGGAUCAGGGCUAAACUUUGUCCUAAGAGGUUAUCAGUCAGGUGGCAGAGCUAAGAGAGAAAAGAAUAUGCUUUACGCAAUCGAUUUCAAUGAAGCAUUCGAUGGGGAAAAAUGUAAAGACGACGAUCUCGAGGAGUUCCUUGUCGCAGAGGGCGAAUGCAUCAAUGGUGCAAAGUACAAGUACAGCAGAAGAAAAGCUGAUGCUGAAUGUCUGAUUCGCCAGCCAUUUGUAGACUUGGAGAGUAAGGAAGAGAUUUGCCCUCAAUGUACUGACAAGGAUUACGAAUGUGCGUUCGAAUUCGGUAGAACGUCUGACAACAAGUGUGAACCUGACUACCAGUUAUUGGCACUCUCUGCGAAAUGCAAAGAAUCUUCGCAAAAGAAUUUGGAAAUGGAACCAAUGCAACUAACAAAGAACAACAAGUGUUUGAGAAAGUUAGACGUUUCACCUGUGAAAAUUACCUGUGGAGCUAUUUCAGAACCACAGUCUGAUGGAGGUAGUAUUACGGUUAAAGAAAAUCAGUUUGAUUCGAACAUCAUUUUCUACCAGUAUUUUGAGACAAUGGCGGAUGAAACUGUGAUAAUUGGGACAAUGAAGAGCGAUGUCUAUGUGUCACACGAUUCCGGUCAAACAAUUAAGAAAUUCGACAUAGAUGACAAGAUCAUUGAAGUAAUUUUCAAUCCUUAUUUCAACUCAUCGGCUUACCUCUUUGGCGCUAGUGGAACACUUUACGUAACGAAAGACAGAGGUAAUUCUUUCCAUGAGACAAAAUUGCCACGUUCACGCCAGCUUGGUUUCCCUCUAGAGUUUAGUGCUAAGGAUGAGAACACAUUCAUCUACUAUGGUGGAAGAGACUGUGAUUCGAUGUUCAACCCAGAAUGUCACGCUGUCGCCUAUAUCACCACAGAUGGUGGCCAAACUUUUGAAGAAUUAUUGAAUAACGCGAUUCACUGUGAAUUUGUUGGUUCUCUUUACAAGUACCCAUCUGAUGAAAAGUUGAUCUUUUGCCAAGUGAAGGAGAAAAACUCACUAAAAAGAACUCUAGUCGCUUCCAGAGAUUUCUUUGUCAAUGACAAGAGUGUCCUAUUCGACAGUAUUAUUGGUUACAUGUCUACUGGUGAGUUUACCGUUGUUGCCAUUCCACACGAUAACGGAGAGCUACGUGCAUACGUUACCGUGGACGGUAAGGAGUUUGCGGAGGCAAAGUUUCCUCAGGAUGCAACUGCAGAAAGACAAGAAGCUUUCACCAUCCUUGGCACCCAAACAGGAUCGAUCUUUCUACAUUUGUCCACUAAUAAUAGACCUGGAGGCGAGUUUGGCGUACUAAUGAAAUCGAAUUCUAACGGCACGUCAUUUGUUACUUUGGAACGGGCUGUGAACAGAAAUCAACAAGGUAUGGUAGAUUUCGAAAAAGUUCAAGGUUUGGAAGGUAUUAUCAUGGUAAACACCGUUGGUAAUCGUGACGAAGUGUUGAAUGCUGGAGAAGGUAAAAAGUUGAAAUCCAAAAUUACAUUUAAUGAUGGCUCUGACUGGUCAUUUAUUCAACCACCACGGAAAGAUUCUGAAGGCAAAAGUUAUUCUUGCAGCAAAUCUUUAGAGAAAUGUUCUCUCCAUUUACACAGUUACUCCGAAAGAACAGACAUCAGAGACACCUCCUCUUCUGGCUCAGCAAUCGGUAUGCUCAUUGGAGUGGGGAAUGUUGGUGAGUACUUGCUCCCAAAAGAUGAGUGCUCCACUUUCUUCAGCUCUGAUGGGGGUGAGAGUUGGACCGAGAUAAAAAAGGGACCUUACCAGUGGGAAUACGGUGAUCACGGAGGCAUUCUGGUCUUGGUCCCUGAAAAUGUCGCGACCGAUACCUUAACUUACUCUACCGAUGCUGGCAAGUCCUGGAAGGAUUACAAAUUUACCGAGCAGAAAACUAUUGUUCAAGAUAUCAUUACUGUUCCGGGAGAUUCGGUCUUGAGAUUUUUACUGAUUUCCCAAUCAACAUCUGUCAAGGGAGGAAGCACCAAGACAUUUUCAAUUGAUUUCACCGGCAGUUUUGCUAGGCAAUGCACUUUCAAUCCCGACGACCCUGCUACUGAUGAUUUCGACUAUUUAUCUCUGGGAGACUUUGGAACGGAAUGUUUAUUUGGUCACCAAGCAGAAUACUUGAAAAAGAUCAAUUACGAUUGUUACGUCGGUAAUGUUCCUGUGUCUGAAUUCCAUCGUAUCACUAAGAACUGCUCAUGUACUAGAAAAGAUUUUGAGUGUGACUACAAUUUUCAAAAGGCAAACGACGGCACAUGUAAGCUCGUUGAGGGAUUGACACCAGCAGAUCCCUCGGAUAUUUGCAAAAAAUCAGAUGCCAUCGAGUUUUAUGAACCUUCUGGUUAUAGAAAGAUUCCUCUAUCCACUUGUGAAGGUGGAUUGAAACUUGAUACAGCAUCUGCUCCACAAGCAUGCCCAGGAAAAGAAGAUGAAUUCAAGAAAAAAUACAAUGUUGGAGGUUUCCCAUUUUUCUCUCUCUUCUUCGUACCUUUCGUCAUUUUUGUGCUCAUUGCAUGGUUUGUUUACAUACGUGGGAUUCGGAGAAACGGUGGGUUUGCGAGAUUUGGUGAGAUUAGAUUGGGAGACGAAUCCCUGAUUGAGAAUAAUGGAACCGACAAGGCUGUCAAUUUUGUUGUGAGAUCAGGCCUAUACGCUGUUUCAGGCCUCUUUGCGGGAUACCAGCUGGCUAAACGUUCGGCCUCAAACGCAAUUGUGAAAGUGAGUGAGAAAUUUGGCAGAAGAACAGGGCCGACUUACUCUUCACUACUGCACGAUCAGUUCUUGGACGAUGCAGAUGAUUUACUGGAAGGACACGACGAGGACGCUAAUGACCUAGGAAGCUUUUUGGAAAAUGAAGGCAAUUUCGAAAUUGACGACGAAGAAAACCCAUCUAACACUACCACUCAUCAGCCGUAUUCAGACGAUGUCGCUCCAGCUCAAGAAGCUGAUACCACCAACGACAGUGACGAGGAUAACUAA